AUGAUAUGCUCAAUAAUCAGCCAACGAAAAGGAGAACUUAUGACAUUACAGGAAUUUAUUGACAGGAAUUUUUCACGCUAUACAUCGUUGCGCCGGGACCUGCACCGGCAUCCUGAAACCGGAUUUGAAGAAAUCCGUACCAGCAAUCUUAUUGCUGACUUACUGAAAAGCUGGGGAUAUGAGGUUAACUACGGAAUGGCGAAAACCGGUAUAGUCGGUACGCUACAGGCUGGUAACAGUGACAAAGUUCUGGGAUUACGUGCUGAUAUGGAUGCAUUACCAAUGCAGGAAAAUUCCGGAAAAGCCUGGGAAAGUACAAAUGCCGGUAAGUUUCACGGUUGUGGUCAUGACGGACACACUGCCACGUUAUUGUUUGCUGCUGAGUGGCUGGCAAAAACACGUCGUUUUAACGGUACACUACACGUCAUUUUCCAGCCCGCAGAAGAGUUGUUGCGCGGUGGUCAGGUUAUGCUUAAUGAUGGCGUGUUUCGACGCUACCCCUGUGAUGCCAUCUUUGCAUUGCAUAAUAUGCCCGGGCUCAGGACGGGAAGUUUCCAUUUUCGUAAAGGUGCAAUGCUCUCUUCUUCGGAUACAUUACAGAUUGAUGUGACUGGUGUUGGUGGUCAUGGUGCAUUUCCGGAAAAAACCAUCGACUCAACAAUGGUGGCCUGUUAUAUCGUUACAGCCCUGCAGACUAUCAUCUCGCGUAAUAUCCCCCCCUUCCAGCCAGCCGUUAUCACUGUUGGCAGUAUUCAGUCGGGCAGUGUGGCGAAUAUUAUCAACAGUAGCGCAACUCUCAGACUUAGCGUACGUACUCUGGAUCCACAAAUUCGUACUCAUAUUCUGCAACGUAUCAGCGAAAUUGCAGUCAGUCAGGCAGAAAGUUUUGGCGCUAAAGCAGAAGUUCAUCAUGUUCACGGAAGCCCGGUUUUAAUUAACGACAGUGAAAUGACGGAUUUCGCUAUUAGCGUCGCCCGCGAAUUGUUUGAUGAAUCCCUGAUCGAACCUCAUACCCCCCCUGUGAUGGCCAGUGAAGAUUUCGCCUUUAUGCUUGAAGAGAAUCCCAGGGGAACUUAUUUUUUUAUCGGUGCAGGUGAAGGCUGCCCGGUACAUAAUCCAGGGUAUGACUUUAAUGAUGAAAUUAUGAAACCUGCAGUGACUUUCUGGGCCACACUGACAGAACGCUUUCUUAAUUAA